GGAGUUACUUCAAAACUUCCACACUCUCAUUUACAAAGCUGAGUGUGAAUACUCUCUUUAAUAGCACAGAUUAUUUUUAUCGUCUUGCCCUGAAAAGAUGUUUUUCUUCAAGAAAUUCUACCAGAAUAUCAUUCAUGACAGAAACCCUGACAAUGACACAAUUAAAGUUAAAGGAAAAGAGACACCUGUAUUUUAUGGAACAGUGGCCCCGUAUCCUAACUUCAAUGCAAGUAAAGAUGCUGCAAUUCUACAGAGUGCCAUUCAAAGUAAAGGAGUGGAUGAGGAUGUGAUCAUUUCACUCUUGGUCAAAAGGAACAAUGAGCAGAGACAGAAGAUCAAAGUUGUUUAUGAGGCUUCCACUGGCCAGUCACUGACUCGAGCGCUGAAGUCUGCGCUCAGGUCAGAUUUAGAGGACAUCUCUUUGGCCUUAUUGAUGCCACCAGCUCACUUUGAUGCCUACUUGAUCAGAGAUGCAACAAAGAGACUGGGCACAGAUGAAGAAGUCCUUGUAGAGGUUCUGGCAACCAGAUCAAAUAAAGACAUCCGAGAGCUGAAGAGAGUCUAUAAGGAAGAGUACGGGGAUGACCUGGAGGAUGUUAUCAAGGAUGAAACAAAGGGUGACUUCACCACAGCCCUUCUGGCUAUGUUGAAGGCAAACAAAGAUGAGAGCACAGACGUUGACAUGACUCUGGCCCAAACGGAUGCUGAGACUCUGUUCGAAGCUGGCGAGAAUACAAAAGGAGUCGACGUCUCCGCGUUCAUAGACAUCCUGACUGCACGCAGCGGACCUCAACUGUCCAAAACAUUCCAGAGGUACGCCUGUGUCAGCGACAUGACCCUACCUAAAGCUCUAAACAUGGAGCUGAGCGGAGACAUUGAAAAUUGUCUCAUUGACAUCGUGAAAUGUGCAUGGAGCACACCGGCAUUCUUUGCUGAGAAGCUCCAUCGAGCUAUGGAGCGCCACGGCACAUGUGAAGAUACUCUGAUCAGGGUGAUGGUGAGCCGCUCUGAGGUUGACCUGAAGAAGAUCUUGGAAGAAUAUAGAGCCAUGUAUGACUCCACGCUACAGGAGGACAUACUGAAAGACACAAAGCAUCAUUUUGAGAGCAUCCUUCUUGGACUGUGUGGACCGCACUGAGAAACCACUUCACUGGGAUUUUAGUCAGAGGUCUAACGUCUUCAUAUUAGUGGACAUGACAUCAUCAUUAUAUUUUAUUUGGUUGAUGCAUGAAUAAAGUCAGUAACCAGUAAUAAUGGCAGAAAUGCUAUGCUAUCUGUUUGCUAAGAUAAAAAGUGAAAAGAUUUAAGACUGUUUCAAAGAAGCUUUCAAGUCAAUUCCUCAUGAAAAUGUUCAGACUUUUUGAUUCCUUUGUUUGAAUCAAUACAUUCUCAACAUAAACUUUUCUUCUAUAUGUACAUGUGUGUGUAUAUAUACACACACACACCUAUGUGUGCAAACAAAUUACCAAAUUACAAGUAACAGGAUGGAUAUGUGUGGACAGGGUAUUGAAUUAAUUAGAAAACAUUGGAGGAUUUUUGUAGUUAAUCUCAUUGUCUGUAAAUUAUAAUAAAUCAAAUUUUUCCCCUCAAACAAAACACAACUCACAAUUAAAAUCGGCCAUUUUUGCUCAACUAGUGGUACCUCUUUCAGUUGCAAUAGAUGAGUGAGUGUUCAUUUUCGGAAAUUAGAUGACUCCAAGAUCAAGAGCGGAAGCAUACCAAUGAAAUGAGAUGAGAAACAUCUGUCACUGACCAUAUUCGA